CCACCCAACCUUCCUUUUACCUCUCAACAUAGGCGAUAUGGCGACUAGGGUUUUGGCCGCCUCAGGUGGUGUUUCACGGCGAAUUUCUGGUCAUUUUGACCCUAAUUGAGAGGGAUUUUAUGUCCUUUCAUGUGUUCUUAUGAUUACCAGGUUUAAUUUCGUUUAUUUUUUAGCUAUUUACAUCAUUUGAGCCAUGUCCUCGUGGAUGUUACUCGGGUUUUUUCACACGUGAUGGUUGCCAUGGGCAGGACCUCGAGUCCUUAGCCAUCUUGUGCACCACACGCACUUGUGUGGAGGCCUAGCAUAAUUUCCACGAAGCUUGAUCGGUUGGGUGAGAAUUUUGGGGAUUUUAUCCCAUUGGUACAAUUGCAUCGUUGGAAUUGUACCAUAAGGUGAUUUUUGCUGGAAAGUGUACUAUUCUGUGUAUCUAUCUAAUUUUUGUGGAUUUUAUUGAUUUUAGGGUGCAAGUUUGUUAGAUUUUUGUUUGUCUUAUUUGUUUCAUUUUCGAAAUGCUAAUAAGGUACAAUUUGGGGAAUUUUUUUGGGGGAAAUGGGAGGAUAGGUGUCUUUUUAUUUUCAUCCUAGGGAUUCCUAUAUGAUGAAGGUUAUAAAUAGUGAGUUGAAAAAGAAGAAAAGGGUCCAGAAUUUACUCCCUAAGAAAACUUAUGUUUCAUAUAUACUAGCUAUACAAUUGAUAAGGAUAGACAAAAAAUACAAUAUAUAGAGAGAAAAAUACAAAAAUAUAAGAAAAAAAAGGAAAAAAGGUGAUUUGAAGAUUUGAGAAAGGUUUUGUUGCUUGGAGUGUUGAAUCAAUCCCCUUUUGAUCUUUAGGUUGCCCUAACAAAAGGUAAAUCUUCAUUUCAAUCCUUGUUUUUAUUUCAAGUUAUGAUUAUCUAUUGUUUGUGAUGUUUGUUUGUUAGAAAAAAUGAUUACACAUUAGUUUGAUUCUGUUGUAGUGGCUAAAUGGGUUUUUGUUUCCUUGUUGUUAUUUGAAAUUGAAAAAAUGAAUUAGGAAGACUAAAGUUAGACAAUAUUAAGUAGUUUUGAGUUGGUUAAGUUAAUUAAAAUGAAGAAAGGAUAAUUUAAGUUAGGAUUCUUAACACUAAGGUAGUAAAGUUGAUGUUUUUGAUCUAAGUUAGCUACUUUUGAUAGUUCUUGUUAAGUAACAUUAGUUUGUUGGAAAUUUUCCCUAGUUUUUAACCUUAUACCUUCUUGAAUUGUUUCAUAUUUUAAGAUUAUAAUCUAGAUUGGAAAACUAUUUGGAUGGUUUGAAAGGAAAAUAUGAUUAAGUGCAAACACCCUUAAGUUCAAAAAUGUUCCUUUUGAACCUAUUUUAGCGUCAAAGUAUUAAAAGGGACUUCUUUCCUUCAUUGUUGAGUGAAUGUUUACUUGUUUCAAUAGCUUGAAUCAUUUAGAACUACAUGACUGUUUCUAAGAAUGUUAAAGCUUGUUUUAAAUAAGUAAGUUUUUUUUUUCUUCUGAAAAAUAGAUCCUGGAGUCUUGUUUGAAGUUUAAUUGCAAUUUGUGAAACUUUGGAUGUCUUGUAUGAGUAUGAGUGUGAAAAAUAGGAUUUGCAAGUUAAUCUUGACUUUAAAAUAGCUAAAUUUGAUAAUCUAGUAAAUUUGAAGGUCUUAUAAUUUGAUUUGUAGUCUGUUUGCCUCUUGUUUUGCCUAAAAAAUGAUUUUUAAAGAAGUAAGAGUUAUUUCGGAAAUGUAGUUUAGAGGUUUGAAGUUUAAAACUGGCUAGGUAUAUUGAAUUAUAGUUUAAAAUGAAACUUGGAUGUCUUAUUAGCUCUUAAUUUUGACUAAAUAAAUUAAAAGGGGUGUAAGUUAGUCUUGUGUGUGGAUUAUGAGUUGUUGAGAUUCUAGACUUGACUAGGUGAUGCUAAGCUUAAGUUUUGAAACCUGUUUUUGCUAUGCUAUGGUCUUAUAAUCCUGUGCAGUUUUCUAGUUGUUCUUGUCUUGAAACUUUGGAAGUUUUUAAAAUGAAGUAAGCCAGAAAUACACUUGUUUUAAUAUUUGUCCUAUUUUGAGGUCAUUUAUGUUAUAAGAAGUUCGAAAUUGAAUGGUGUCUUUCAAGAAAUAAGUGUAAGAGGUUCAAACCAGUUCUAAAGUUGAAUGUAGUUCCUGAAUCUAUAGAAGUUGUUUUCCUCUCUUUGUAAGUCACAAUUUGUGCAAAACUGUUUGUUUUAUGACUUGAGUUCUCAGAAAAUCAAUUUGGCUUGAACACAGAUUUUUAAAAUCACUCAGUUUUAGGAAAUUUUAAACAACUAAAGGCUUGGGAAUUGAGUAAAAAUGACUUAAAACCAUGUGACACUCUUACUAGUUCAGUCUGUCCUCUUUUGUUCCAAAAUAAGUCUCAAAGUGUGUAUUGUCCAUCUUGUUCUGUGUUGUCUUGACUGUGUUAAUCACUAUCUACCUUGGUGAUUCUAGUAUAGGUACCAUAUACCCUCUAUGAGUUCCUUCUAGUCCCUUUUGAACUGUUGAAUUUCUUGUUGUGUGACCGCUUUUGUUGUGUGACUUGUAAUGUGAGAAAUUUGACUUGAAAUAUUUCCUAGACUAGACUGUGGCCCUUAUUAGCCUUACUUAGACACUGUCAGAUCUCUUGAAACCAACCUAGCUUGGGAUACCUCUUUGUGUGAUAUCAUUUGUAACAAAUACACUGUUUAGAGUAAUUUUACCUAUUUUGGAAGGAAAUAGACCUUUUUAAUAACUGAAAUCUUUAAAACUGAAGUCGAAAAGGUGAAAACUUGUUUUGGCUUGAAACCAGUAAACCAUGAUUGACAAUUGUGCUAUAAGCUUGCAUUUAGCUCAUUCUUUCAAAAUUUGGAUAGGUAAAGUUGAUUAAAACUGUUCCCUAUAUAAAACUGCUUUUGUGAUUCCUGUUAAGCGAUUAAGGUACACAUUGAACCUAGUGUUAGCUACUUGUACCCAAAACUUAUGAGUCUCACUUUUGCUUAUCUUUGUUUACAAACUUCUGUUGAACUAAUAGUUUAAAAGCUGUAAAAUUGGAGAUGUGAACCUAUUAUCUAUAGACUGUGUGUUCCAUGAUACAUUGGAGUGGUUAUUUUGACUUUACACUUAAAUAACCCCCUCUAAUAGUGUAAAACUUAGUCUAUAAAGCUGGUCUUGAUAAGUAAAGCUUUUUGACAUAAUAUUUGGUGUUAAGGGAAGUCUGCGGUGAAAAUAGGACUUGGAAAAGAUUCAACUCCUUCUGUUUACUUGAAUCCCCUUUACCUGAAGCCAUAUGGCAUUUCUGUUAGCUUAAGUGUGCAUUACAAUUUGAUUUUGAGACCAAAAUUUGAUUUAUGGGAAAGAAAAAUCUUGUAUUAGUGCUUCAUGUGAACUGUACUCUCUUUUUCCAAAGCUGAACUGGAUUACUUGUGUUGUUUGCCCAUCUUGUUUAUUCCUUCUUGAUUACAUUGCAACAGUUGGAAUUUUUAAACUUGCUUGAAAUAUGAUUGGAAAGGUGUUAAGUACAAGGACUGUGAAUUUUUUCUGAAAUGUGAUUGUGUUAACUAUAGAAGUUUAAAAGAAGGCCAUGAAUAUCUUUGAAAAGCUAAACUACAUUUGCUUGUUUUUUUUUUUUUUUACUUGGUUGUUUUCUCCUUUUCUUGAUUGAUGUAUGAUCCCAUAUUGAACUUCAAUAAUAUUGUUGAAAGUCCUUCCUUUGAGCUUUGUCUGAAUUAGCACUCUUAACUGGUUAGGGAAUGGAUAUGAAGUUGUUAUGAUUCUGCCCCUUUUGUCUUUCUUUUCUUUAUGGAUGUUGCUGUGUCUAUGAGUAUAACCUCUUCAUGAUCAUCUAGGUCUAGGCUUACAUGUGAAACCACUGCCCAUGUUUACUUGGUUCAUAUUUGAAACUAUUUGAAAUCUGUAUAGAUGUCUUUGUCUGAAAAUUGACCCCUAAGACUACGUGUGUGACUGUCAUUUGAUCCCACUAGUUUAAUAAGACAAUUUGAAAACAAGUUGAGAUUUGAAGCAUUCCUUAAUAGUCUUUGAACACCCCACAGAACUUGGUAUUGUUGGAUUGCUUGUGAUUUGUCUUAACCUAUGUGUGAAGAUCCUAUCUGAGUAUUACUUUAAACCUGUUAACCUCUCUGUAAUUUUGAAAAAAUGCAAGUUGGAACCUUUGUUUUGAGACUUGGUUUAAAGACUUGUUGACUGUCAAAAUGAGUUUUCAAAAACCUAUUGAAGUGUGAUUUGGAAAACCUGAAAACUGAGAAGUAUAUUGAGACUAAAUUGCUAUUGUUUCACUCUUGCUUGAAUCUGUAAUAUGUUGGUUUUAGUUUUAGGUGAUAAUUCAUCUUUAUACCACUUUCUUUUCAAAAGUUUUGAACUUGGCUCAUGAAUAACUUGCUUGCUUGAAACUGCUUGGGUUUUUCCUCCCGUGCUAGUGAAAUUAUUCUGUGACAAUCUUGUUUUUGAAUUUGUUGAUAGUUGGCCUUAAAACUGUGUAUAAUAAAGAGUUUUUGAUUAUUUGUUUAGUCCUAAUUGGUAACUAAAUACUUUUAAGUUUGGAAUUGUGGCAUUUGCUAGGUAGAUUUGAAGUUUUCUAUGUGAGCUAAAUGUGGUGUUUGAGAGUUGAUAUCAGCCGAGUAUAUAGUGUAUAUUGAGGUGUAUAGAGGGUAUGCCUUUCAUGGGUUUUGCUCUCUAUUUUAGUAGGUAUAUCAGUGGUAUAUCGUGUAUAUCGCAGUCUAACACUUGGAAAUAUUUUAGAAGAGGAUAAUUUUGGGCUGCAAUUCUGGCCUGCCCUUAGUAUUGGUGAUUUGAUAAUUGUUAUAUUUAGCAACUGAUGGGCUUUUGCAUAAAUUGUCCGUUAUUUUAUGACUAUAAUAAUUGUGGGCUUAGUCCAAAAGCAUUGUAAUUCAUUUUUGGCUUUGUAAUUUAAUUAUCACCCUCGGUUACUUUACUAGUAUUAUGUAUACCUAUUUGUUGUGAUUACCCCUAUACGUUGGUGGGUCCAUUGAGGACCAUUAACGUUUCUAGAUCGAGUCUACCCCUAGCAUGGAUGGCAUAAGCAUUGGAACGCAUAUUGGAGCAGAAAGUAUUAAUUUGUGCAUUUGUCUAUUGAGCUUGGUCAGCCCAAUGCCUUACUCUAUUCAGUUUUGUAUUUGAAUUCAUUUUGCGUAUGAUUUAUUGGAACCUUUAAGAUUAUCACAUAUUUAGAGUCGCAAAAACUAUUUUUGAAAACAUAAAAAGCUGAUUUUGGAAAAUUCUUGUGAAAAACGGCCUUUUUGGACUAAUUAUACUUGUAUAAAAUUGAGACAUCUUUAAAUUUGAGAAUAAUGAUUCUUGGAACAAAAAAUUGACAAACUUAACCAAUUUUUAAAACAAAAAUGACCUUGGACCCGUGGACUAUUGGACCAUUUGGACAAGAUUUGGACUACUUUUGAUUAAUUUAGACUAAAUAUGACUAAAAAAUCUAAAAUAUGGGAAUAUGGUUAAAAUAUGGAUAAUAAUAGUAUGCCAAAAAUAAUUUUCUUAAAAAACUUAACUUAACUAAAAAAUCUUUUUUAAACUCGGGUCGGCUUACGGAGUGUUCUACUUAGGUUAACGCCUUCGAGUUUUAACCUAGGUGUUCUAAUCUGAAACCUAAAACGCCCAAUUUUGAGCAAAACUCUAUCACUUUUAUUUCUUGAAGAUGUUGUAUUUUGCAUAAAUGACUAAUCUUUUAUUGCGGGAAUGUAAAACAAAAACAGUUUUUAUCAAAACAAUUUAUAUACACAAGGCAUACCAUUAGAACCCGUAGGUUAACCGUAUUUUACGAAUCCUUAAUACCGGGGUGCCAAACACCUUCCCCGGGGAUCACUAGAUUACCCAUACUUUGAUUUAGAUUGGUUUCUUUUAAAAUUUAACCGUUUUAAAUGAAUCCUUUCGAACUGGUUUUCCUAACUUAUCUAUAAGGUUAGUGACAACUCUAAAACAAUAUCUAUUUAGAGCACCAUUCAUAUAGAAAUAUAUUUUUUACUUUUUCCCGAUAGGAUUAAACCCGUACUUUUUCGGGACACUUUCCUUUUAAAAUGAGGCAAGUGCAAAUCCGAAUCGGAAAAAAUAGAACCGCAACAAUGCCGACCUCAGAGGAGACGAAAUUUUUUCAAUUGAUUUUUGCCGCGUUUUUUGAGAGGCACCAUUAGUUUUGAAGUUACACUUUGUUAGUUUAACCAAAUAUGCUCCAUUUUAGCAAACUUAAGAGACUAAAAAGACUCGGUUAUAUUUGAAAGAUUAGAAUAGACCUAAUCCCAUAAAUAAGGAUAGUUUUUACUCAAAAUGCGGAGUAACGAUUAGGUCUCACAUAUAUGAAGCCUAUUAUGGAGAAGAAAGCUCGAGAAUAUGAAUGGUUAUGAGAAUUUAGUAGGAUAAUCUUUUUCCAAGGUGAACCCUGUUUCAGCAAUGCAUCAGACCUGAAGGUCCGUUAGUGGAACAGGGGUAUAUGACUCGGCCAAUUUGCUAACAAAAAAAAAAGGCAUUUUUAUGUUAUUUUCUAAUAGUUCAGGGGCCAUUUUGGGCCCGAACAAAAAAGAAGAUAUCUUUGUUCUAUUUGCACUAGUUUUGGGCAUUUGUUUUCCCUUCCCAAAAAUGUCUUAUUAAGCUCAUUACCUGACGUUGAGAGAGGCUUAUAAACAGCGGUUCUCAUUCUUCAGAAUUUUUGAUUAAUGGAGCUUCCGGCUGUUUGCUUUGGAGGUAACUUGCUGUUCUGUGUAAGACAUCACGUUUACUCUCAUAAGAAGUAUUCCAAAAAUGGAAUUACCAUUAAGUAUAAAGAUCUCCAGAAGCACAUUGGACCAAAAAAGGGAUAUUCUUCAACGACUGUUCGAGGCACCAUUUGUUGUUCAAAUCAGCAGGAAAGAAAUGCUGGCUUGCCUUCUGAUUAUAUCGGAGUUAGUGCAAAAGUGAUUUAUGCUACUGCUCCUGCAAUGGGUCAUAAUAAGGAAUCGCAUCCAGAAUGCAACUCUAGAGUUCCUGCAAUUUUGACAGCUUUGGAAAAGCUCAAACUGACCUCAAAGUUUCGAGGCUUAGAUGUUGUUGAAGUGCAGAAUUUCAGACCAGCUACAACAGAUGACAUAGCAAGUGUUCAUGCUGGGCCAUAUAUUUCAGGGCUUGAGAAGGCUAUGGAUCAGGCUUCAGAGAAAGGUCUAAUUUUCAUCGAGGGAUCUGGACCAACAUAUGCUACUGCCACAACGUUCCAAGAGUCAUUAUUGGCAGCUGGAGCUGGAAUUUCCUUGGUUGAUUCAGUGGUAGCAGCAUCCAAAGUUAGCCAGGAUCCUCCUGUCGCUUUUGCGCUAAUUCGACCUCCUGGUCACCAUGCUGUUCCAAAGGGGCCCAUGGGAUUUUGUGUGUUUGGAAAUAUUGCUAUUGCUGCUCGUUAUUCUCAACGAAUGCAUGGAUUGAAACGUGUUUUUAUCAUCGACUUUGAUGUUCAUCAUGGAAAUGGAACCAAUGACGCCUUCUACGACGACCCGGAUAUAUUUUUCCUUUCAACUCACCAAGCUGGAAGUUAUCCUGGGACUGGUAAGAUAGAUCAAAUUGGUAGUGGGAGUGGUGAAGGAUCAACACUGAAUCUCCCUUUACCUGGAGGAUCAGGUGAUACAGCAAUGCGAAAGGUCUUCGAUGAAGUUAUUGUACCAUGUGCUCAAAGGUUCAAGCCAGAUAUAAUCCUUGUUUCAGCUGGAUAUGAUGCCCAUCUGUUGGAUCCACUUGCCAGCUUGCAGUUCACAACAGGAACAUAUUACAUGCUAGCCUCUAACAUUAAGCAACUUGCAAAAGAUUUGUGUGGGGGACGUUGCGUGUUUUUCUUAGAAGGAGGGUAUAAUCUUACUUCUCUCUCCAAUUCAGUUGCAGAAUCAUUUCAUGCUUUUCUUGGGGAUCGGAGCCUGGCUGCACAGCUAGAUGAUCAGAACUACUUGCACGAAGAACCAUUGAACAAGGUGAAGCAGAUCAUUGAAAAAGUGAAGCACAUACAUUCCUUUUGAAAGCGUACAGCUUUGUAUAGGACACCAUGAUUUUUCUAUAAUUAGUAUACAUCUUUGUAUAGGACAAAAGCAGUUGGUACAUUAUAUCGAGCAUCUCUUAGAGCCCGUUUGGAUUGGCUUAUAAGUUGCUUAUAAGCUGCUUUCAGCUUUUUUGAGUGUUUGACUGGCCAACUUAAAGUCAUUUUGUGCUUAAAAUAAGCUCAAAAAAAUAAUUGGGCCCAUUUGACUUAGCUUAUCUAAAGCAGCUUAUAAGCUGAAAACAACUUAUAAGCCAAAAAAAAUAAGUUAGACUACUCCAACUUAUUUUUUUUAGCUUAUAAGCUGUUUGCAGCUUAUAGGUAUAAGCCCAUCCAAACAGGCUCUUAAUGUCAGUGAUUAAGUUGGGUAUUUCUAGAAAUGUGUCCUACCACGGUCAUUCAUAAAAAGAAAUUGGGCAUUUCUUCCCUCAAAAGUAUUUUAGAUUUCAAUGAGUGUUUUUUCUUAAUUGUUAAGAACACAAUACGAGGCAAUAAAAGUUGGUACGCGGCUUGUUUUUGUUA